AUGAUGGGUGAUAACAAGCUGGAUCAUCGGUUUACCGUGAAGCACGACGUGGUUGCGGUGUUCGUCGACAAAGGGAGGCUUACCAAAAUCAAAUGGAUGCACCCAGCGUGGCUUCAGCAGGGGAUAUGGGGUGGGGAUUCCCAGAGGCACAUUCCAUUGCCGCUCGAUGUGAACGGUGUCGUCAUUAUCGCAACUGUGAUUGUUUCCUUCCAUCCGAUCUUCAUUACCAAAGUGGAUCGAGCAUAUCGACUGAGCUGCUUCUAUGUGGAGGGCACCAAGAAGGUUCAACAGCAACUCGACAUCGCGUCAGUGAUCGCGGAUUUGUCCCGUUUUAGUGAGCGCUCACUACUCAAGUCGUGGAAGGCCAAACGCAGUUGCCGGUUUGCAGAUUACGACAUUCUUUCUGAUGGCCCAACGGCAUUCCAACUGAAGUACGGCAAAGUGGGUGAAACGGUCUACCAUAAAUGGACGUGCGUCUCGGAGCUUACAGACGUCUAUUGCAUGCGUGUCCAUUCAUGUACCGUAUAUGACGGUCAGGGUGGUCCUCCUGUAACCGUACUCGACGUCAAUGGCUGCUCCGUGGAUGGCGUAAUUUUACAGAAUCUCGACUAUAUAGAUGAUUUAACCGCGCUGGUAAAACCUGCUCAGGUGUUCAAAUUUGCUGACAAAGCUGGGCUUUAUUUCAACUGUCAAAUUGAACAGAGGUGUCGCCCUGUGUUCGGACAUUACGACAUUCUUUCUGAUGGCCCAACGGCAUUCCAACUGAAGUACGGCAAAGUGGGUGAAACGGUCUACCAUAAAUGGACGUGCGUCUCGGAGCUUACAGACGUCUAUUGCAUGCGUGUCCAUUCAUGUACCGUAUAUGACGGUCAGGGUGGUCCUCCUGUAACCGUACUCGACGUCAAUGGCUGCUCCGUGGAUGGCGUAAUUUUACAGAAUCUCGACUAUAUAGAUGAUUUAACCGCGCUGGUAAAACCUGCU